CCACUUCCUCCUCUCUAGUCUUCACGUCUCUCCUUUCCUCGUAACUCUUCACUUCCACAAUCACACCUAUAUAUAUACCUCAAAAUCUGCACAUUUCAAAAUUAGAAUCAAUAAAAUCUAAGAAAAAAAAAAACGAAGGUGACGAUGAUCAAUCCAGAUGUUGGUUCAGUGGUGGUUCGUGAGGUUUGGGCUCACAAUCUGGAGUCUGAGUUCGAGCUGAUCAGCGGGAUCGUCGAAGACUUCCCGUUCGUCUCCAUGGACACGGAGUUCCCCGGCGUGAUCUACAAGGCGGAUCUCCGCCGCCGUGGAAACCCUGGCUAUCUCUACAAGCUUCUCAAAUCCAACGUCGACGCUCUCAGCCUCGUCCAGGUCGGUCUCACUCUCUCCGACGCCGACGGAAACCUCCCCGAUCUCGGCGGCCUCGGCGGGAGCCGGUUCAUCUGGGAGUUCAAUUUCCGCGACUUCGACGUCCAUCGCGACCCCCACGCGCCGGACUCGAUCGAGCUCCUCCGCCGCCACGGGAUCGAUUUCGAGCGUAACCGCAGCGAAGGCGUCGAGUCGGAGAGGUUCGCGGAGCUGAUGGUGUCGUCGGGGCUGAUCUGCAACUGCAGCGCGUCGUCGGUGUCGGUGAGCUGGGUGACGUUUCACAGCGCGUACGAUUUCGGUUACCUGGUGAAGAUCCUCACGCGCCGGGAGCUUCCGGGGUCGUUGGGAGAGUUUCUACGGGUGCUCAGGGCGUUUUUCGGGGAGAGAGUGUAUGAUGUGAAGCAUAUGAUGAGGUUCUGCGAGCGGAGGUUGUUUGGCGGUUUGGACCGGGUGGCUCGGUCGCUUGAGGUUAACCGGGAGGUUGGGAAGUGUCAUCAGGCCGGUUCGGAUAGUUUGCUGACGUGGCAGGCGUUUCGGAGGAUGAGGGAUUUGUAUUUUGUUGAGGAUGGGCCGGAGAAGCAUGCCGGGGUUUUGUACGGUUUAGAGGUUUUUUAAGAAGAGGGUUUUGGGGUUGUUAAACUAAUUAACUCAAUUCAAUCAAUUGAAGUUAAUUACAUGGGCGAUUUAAUUAUACAGUACAAAUUGAAAAUUCUUUUUAUU